AUGUCCGACGGUGUGGUUGAGCACCCUCCAGAGCCAACAACCUAUGAAGAAGCCUGUCAACACCUAAAGGGACUCCGUGAAAGAUUUGAGGUCCCGCAACAAGUCCAGGAAGACUUGCUCCAAGCCAAAAACCACGAUGGCUUGAGGUGGACGAGAGACUUCAGCGAAAGAUUAAUAAACUCCGAGUCCAAGGAACUAAAGGGGGCCAUCCAGGAGGUCUACCAGAACUCCAGUCGCGUGCUUUAUGAGUUGAUUCAGAAUGCCGAUGAUGCUCAGUACGAGGCUGCUUUGGAGCGAGGUCAGGCGCCCGUCUUAACAUUUACUCUUGGCACAGAGGAACUUGUCAUAGACACAAACGAGGAUGGGUUCACGCGUGCCAACGUUGAUGCAAUGUGUGCCAUUCGUGAGAGUUCCAAAACGAAUGCCGCAAGCAAAGAGACGACCGGAGAAAAGGGCAUAGGAUUCAAAUCCGUGUUUCUCAUCUCGAGUCUAGUCCAUGUCCAAUCAGGAGUCUGGUCAUUCAGCUUCGAGUACGAUCAGGCAAAUGCCCUCAGCAUGAUAACGCCAGUCGAAACGCCAAUCGAAACGCCAAUAAGUGCACUACCCGAGAAUAUUGGUACCCGGAUUCGUCUCACUUACAACCCCAGCUACCGCAACGACAUUAUCGGGUAUCUACAAGAACUUCCACACGAGACAAUUAUCUUCCUACGAAAAUUACAGAAGAUAUCGAUAUCGAUUCAAGUUGACGGCACUCGCACGCCCUGGUCUUCCGAAACCUCCAGGUCUGUCAUUAGAGCAGCUAGCGAUGAAGCCCAAGCCGUGGAAAGAAAUGCCAGCACGGUAAAUGAUACCAGUCGACCCCCAGCCUCUUCGGCGGAGCUUCCAGUCGGGGUAGUGUACAGUGACGAUGUGACAGCCAUCUGCCUGACUGUGAAAUGCUCAGAAAAUGAAAAAAAUUCAUCAUUCCAAAAAUAUUAUUACCAAUUGUUCAGCCACUCGUUCCAAGACAUGCCACCUACUCAAUCCCGACCUGGAAUCGAUGAAGACACGAGGGUGGGAGUAGAGCUGGCAUUCCCAUGCGGCAAAGACGGGCAAGAACCAUUGAUCUGCGAGAAGGGGGAGCAUUUUCUCAUUCAGUCAGACUUCCUUACAAUGCAGAAUCGGCAGGACAUCGUCGAUUGUCCUUGGAAUCAAAAACUGCGAAGUGAGGCUGUGGAUGCUUUCAUUCUGUCAGCAACUCAUCUACGCACUAAGAAGGAGCUUCGCUUCUCCUGGCCACUUUUUCUACCUUUGGACCAGCUCCAUGACGAUUUCUGGGAGGGUUUUCGUACGCUCCUAUUGGCAAAACUUAAAGAGGAACCAAUUCUUGAAGCCCGCGAUGACGACCAUGACCUAUAUCAGCCGGGCCAUUUGGCGAUUCUACCGGAUUGGUUCUUGUAUGGUGAUCAGAAAAAGCCCCUUUUCCGCGAUCUACAGCAAAAGAUCUACUUAUCUCAGGACUACACCAAGCAAAGAGCCAUAGAACAUUUGAAUCUGCUCGGAGUUUACGACAUAAGCUCAGAAGCAAUUGUACAACGAAUAGAGCGUGACCUAAAACGGAAAAAGCCGUUCAUGAAGUCCAAGCAUCUGCAAAAAGACUGGCAUGAUGCUAUGAGUGGGCUGAUGGAAAGGAUACUAGGCGCCUCUGACGGAGCCACAAAUAUAAAUGACCGCCUUCGGGCCCUGGACAUCAUCUAUCUACGCAACGGCUCUUGGGCGAACAUGAAGCAAGAAGUUUUCUUUCCUACAAUCAAUGGGCACGCUAUUCCCGAUGGUUUAGGCUUGAAGCUCCUGCACCAUGAUGUCUGUGACAGCCCCAAACGCAGGCAGAUCUACAAGAAGACGAUGGGUGUUCGUGAAUGUGAGCCGGACCUGGUCAUCCAAAAGAUCAAGGAUUUUCUUUCACCCAAAGCGCCGGAAAGGGAAUUGACAGAGGAUAUUUGCAAGACUUAUGUUUCGCAGUUUCACUUUCUCUUUCAUUUCCGCUCCCGAUUGAACUACGCGAACCUGUCGUCACUCUGUGCUAUUACAUCGAAAGGCACGGUUCGUCCCUGCUCAGAUGGGCUUUAUUUCAGAUCGAAAGGCAAGUACGACACCCAAAAUAUCCUCACCACCAUUUUAGGCGUUGAGGAUGUCGCUUCAAAAGAGGGAGAAAUUGACUCCGACAUUAUUCUCCAUCAAGAAUUUGACGUGUACGGAAAUGAUGAGGAUACAAAACAAAAGUGGACAGAAUGGCUCACAGAUGCCUUCUCAAUUCGCUAUUAUCCUCCAUUUAUUGAAGGGGUCGACGGCGUUUCAAAUCUGCUAGCCCACUUGUACUUGACUGACACCUCGCUAUUUCUCGGGGCAUUGCAGACACAUUGGUCUAAAAGCUAUCAGGAAGAAUAUGAUCGCAUGCCAGAAUCCGAAGGUCUUCUGGACUUGGUUUACUCCUGCCUUGAUGGAAGCCAGCAGUGUCUAAGAGGCGCAUAUUUCCCGGAAGAUGAGCUGCUACAAAUGAGCCGAGAUUUUGACGUUGCGUCAUCCAUGCCAAUCCUUUGCCUGCCGGAGGGGUACCAACAAGAAGAAUGGAGCGUUUUGACUACAUUGGGGAUUCGCCGUCUUGACAGAAAAGUUGACUUCUGUCUUGAUGCCCUACUUGCCUUACAGAAGCUUGGCGUCGAUGAAUAUGAGUGCAGCGAGGACUCUGGCGGGAGCAGCGAGGACCUUGACUGGGGCAGCAAGGACCCUGACUGGGGCGGUGACGACCCUAGUGGGAGCAGCGACGACCCUGAUGGGAGCACCGACGACCCUGAUGGGAGUACUUACGACCCUGAUAGGAGCAGCGACGACCCUGAUGGGAGUACUGACGACCAUGAUAGGAGCAGCGACGACCCUGACGGAAGUACUGACGACCCUGAUGGGAGCAGCGACGACCCUGACGGGAGUACUGACGACCCUGACGGGAGCAGCGACGGCCCUGAUGAGUACAACGAAGCGCUCAAUCCUUUGAAUUAUAAUGUUGUCCGUAAAGUCUACGAGACUAUUUCCCAGGAGGCAUCUUACAAGAGCUCAGACAAGCUCAAGAAAUUCUUCUCCGAGUAUCCGUGCAUCUGCAAUCCUGUAGACACGUCUGACUGGCGGCUCAGCGCCGAUUGCGUCUGGGACGGUCCCGAAUUUCUAACCUGCAAACUUCCUCUCAAGUGUCAUCAUGAAGACUCGAACGAUAUGAAGAAUUUCUUUGCCACCCUCCUCGGGCUGAACAAUGCUACAUAUCAAGAUAUCUGCCAGGAAUUGCAGAAUAUCAGAUGGACCAACACGUCGACGAGCACAGAUGAAAUAGCUCAACUAGUGUCACAGGUUUACACCGAGCUCUCAAAGGCCGGUUCAGAGGAGGAAAAAUCCAGGUUAAGGGGUCUCUGUGAAGAUGAAGAACUCAUCUUCGCCAAUGGCUCUUGGUGGGCACCUUCGAAGUGUAUCUGGGAGAGCGGUUACCCGUUACCGCAAAGAGCCAGUCUUGAAGAUCAUUAUCCAGAGCUGAAGUCAUUCUUCGUCAACAUUCUCAAGGUCCCCGAAGUGAAUGCAAGGGUUCUCCUAGAAGGUCUCUUAGACAUUGCCAAGGCAGAAACCCCCCAGAUCGACAAGACGAAAGAAAUCUUGUUAGCUCUAGGGCCCAUGCUCGAGACCGAUUCAGGCUCGAGUUCUUCCAUCGAUGAACUACUAGAGCCCUUGGGGCAAAAGAAGUUCCUGCCAGUGCGCUUCAAAGACAGGGUUAGUCUACAAGAGACGACGUCCAACUUCUUCAUCAUCGACCAUGAGCGAUUCGGACGAGCUUUCGAGGGCAAGGUUGAAUUGCUGGAUUUCACCCUCGAGGAAUUUCGCUUGCUGGAAGGCUUCUUUCGAAUGUGCAGACUGGAGAAGCAUUAUUUGUCCGCAUGCGUGGUGGAGUCAUCGGAAGUGCCGACCGAAGCCAUUGAGGAUUCGGCGAGAACGCUUGACUUUCGGAGGAGGGCUUAUGUGUUUUCGUGUUGUGCUGCGGCCUUUUCCAGUAAAAAAUACUUCAACCGCAACGAUUCUAUGCAUCGGUUGUUGCUAGAAGCCACGGUGUACACUUCAACAGAGCUUCAAACCGUGCUCAGCUUAGCCACCGGCGAAAACAAACGCGUCUCCACCGCCAGCGAACGGGCCAAGCCCAGUAUCAGAAACGACGAGCAGGGCAUCCGAAUCUACUUGCCCACUAAGGCCGCGGACCUGCAGCGGUCCUUCAAAAUCGACCUGCCCGACUUGAUAAUGGAAUUGCUCGGCAUCGAAUUUCGAAGCGCCCAACAUUGUCUAUACUUUUUGUUGACCGAGAGGUUGGAAAACUUGCACGAGAUAUUGGAGCAACAGGACAUUCCCAUGCUGACGUGGCUGGAGAGAAUCGACCUGACACCGUCGACGCCUGCGGGCGACUCGGACGUCGAUGCGCUGGCCAACGAUCUCCAGGAACUAGACCUGUCGAGUUUGCAUCGUGCAGCGGAAAGGCCCAUGACCGUCACCGUCCCAGUUCGAGUGACUGACCUAGCAGAUGACAGAAGCAAGUACGAUCGACUACUCGAGCACAUUGUUCAACAGGUCCGUGAAGGCUCUCAGACUGGCGCAGAGCAGUUCCAGCGGUUCAAUACCGUCGAGACUUUUGGCACUCCCAAAACAAAUCCCGACUAUUUCCACUGGAUUGGGGCUGCUGGAGAACUAUUUGUGUACGAGAAACUUCUGUCUUUAGACCUGCCCGGGUUCCGUACUGCAGACCAUCAAAACUGGAAAAGUAACAUUCGUCGAUUUGUCCGCGGCAUCGACGAAUACAGCGACAUGUCUGCUUACAACGGUCCGGACAUGGACAUUGUCUAUACAGACAAAACCGGGGAUUUCACCACCUGGCUGCAGACAGAGGGAUACGACGCUCUAACAUUUCUCCCGGACAUGGUUCUACCAGUCACUCCAGACUCGCCAAUCAAGUACUUGAUCGAGGUCAAAACCACGCCCGGGCCCUUGGAAACAGCCAUGUUCGUGAGCAAUGCACAAUAUAACAAGAUGCGUCGAAUGCGCAUUCCGCCCGAGGGCUGGAAUGAUUCAGACCAAAGACAAGUUUUCCUGCUCUGGCGAGUGUGGAACCUGCUCGACCAGAAUCCGAGGGAUGUGAUUUUCGCCGAUCCCCUGAGACUUGGAGGAGAUGUUCUCGAAUUUGUCGCCGAACGAUGGAAGGUCACUGCUUGUCAUACGUGA